AUCCUGAAAUUUAAUCUAACAAUAAACAUUAGCAACUAACCCUAACCUAGAGUUAAUUAACACCAUACGUCUAAACUGACUCUCUAACAUUAAACAUAGGUAACAGCCUUUUGUUCCAACAUGACCUGUUGUUCCUCAGAGGGUUUGUAAGUACACCAAGACCGGUCCUAAAUACUUAACAUACUGUAAACAUUCACCUCAUUUCUCUAUCCCUUUGUUAAAAGUAAGGACUGAUUUCAAGUCCUGUAUAGCACUUUCUAUGCCCUAACCCUGACAAUAACCCAAAACCUAUCAUGAACCAGUGCAUAUCUAACUCUAACUCUAAUGAACAAUUUAGUCUGAAACCAGACUUUUAGCAAAAUAAGAAGUGAGAACCAGCAAGAUAUCCUCACUUUGGUAUAGGCGGUCCACAAUUUGAUGGUGAAAUUGAAAAAACAAAUGGUCCUCACUCUGAUGCCAAGAGAGGAGCUCAAACACACACAGGUUGAAAAAUCACACUAUCUUUGAGGGGACUUUUCACUGACUUCUAUUCAUAUUGCAUUCAUUUCUAUGGUCUAACCCAGACCCUCACCAUAACCCUAACCUUUACCUCUACAUACCAAACCGUAAACUUAACUUCACUCCAAAAAGAGAACCUCUCCUCAUGACGACCGGUCAUUGGUCCUCACAAGUCCCCAAAAUGUAGCAUAUUUCCGAGAAAUUUUCCCUACCAGGUCAAAAAUACAUGGCCACCCAUAAACACUCACGUAAACUCAAACAUUUUAAUCUUGCUAUAUGUAGUGAGGACCGUGUAUUGAAUCCUAAUGACUUCAGCUGAUUUUCAACCCUUUUUAACCCCUCCUAUGCUAUAACCCUGAUAAUUACACCAAACAUUAGGAUUACCUGCUUAAACCUAAAACUAACCUAAAAUCAAUUCACACCUCAGUCCUUCACCUAAUUGUUAGCAAAAUAGGAGGUUAGGAGCAGCAAAAUGUCCCUCCUUUGAUACAAACAGCUCUCAAUUUAAUGGCCAAAUUGUAAAAAAUGUCCUUGCCCUGAUGCCAAGACAGGAGCGGAAUAUACACACAUAUACACACUCCUAUAGACUUUUGUUUGUGCAAUUUGUUAUCUGUGUUCUGCUACAUGUUUCCAAACUCGCAACUGCCUAAAUCAGCUUUCCGUGAUUGAAUCAACUUGUUUACCUAUUCCCUGAGCGUCUUGUAAAGUUACCUUUAAAUGUUUCUAUGAAGCUGCAGAGCUGAGGCAGCAAACACUGAUAAGAGAAGGUUUGUGCGUGCGUAUGUGUUCAUUUCUUUGAGUUGAAAUUACAGAGGAGGGAGGACAUAGACAUCCUGGUGAUGGCCAAAGUACGCUCAGAGUAUGAUAAGACCAGUGCCUAAUGCGUGUGUAAAAAAAAAAAAAAAAUAAGUGUAACUACCCACAUAAACAUGGUUUAGUUGUCGGCUGUUAGAGCUCCUUGCAAACGAGCAAUAAACUGGCAUUCCUCAUCAGAUUAUUACAGAGAGCUUGAAGACCAGUCACACAAAGACCCACACACCAAAGCUGUUGCUCUGGCUCUGUGUAUCCAUAUCAAACCUUCACCCACUGUUCGUUGUCCCCCAGCAAUAACCUACCUUCGAUGGCCCCGAUUUGACCUCUCUGUCAGUGGUGUAAACCCAGAGUGCUGGCACAGAGUUCAUAUGGCUCUUUUUGUCAGUAAUUUUUGUUUGCCUGUCAGGAAAAUAGACAAAUAUGUAAUCAACCGUAAUGACUUUGGUUAACCCAGAAACUUUUAAACCUGUUGCUUUUGACUCACUCAUUUUUUUAUAUUACUCCUUCAACAAGAACCAUUUAGUCAAUAACUUGGAAAAAAGUGCCUGCGCUAUGUUUCUCAGCACACAUAGACCAACACUCCUGCCCCCUCCUUUCCAUUGCCCUCUAUCCCUCCCUCUGUUGCUCUGUAACUUUUCUUCCCUCUCCUGUCUUCUUUCCCUUUGCUUGAAUGGAGAGGCCGGGCUCUCUGGAACCUGCACCCCCUUUGCCUGGUGCAGAGCCCGUUGCUCUGGUUCAUGAUGCCAAGAUGGAGGUACCUCCUGUGGAUAAGGGGGCAGAAUUUGCCAGCUCCAAACUGUUUUGGUGUGCAUGUGUAAAGCGCUGGCUGCCACUGGCUUACAGAGAAGAACUUUACCAUGUCUUACGGCUCACAGGACCCCUGCUACUGUCCCGGAUUCUGAACUUUCUCCUGCAGUUUGUUAUCACCAUAUUCUGUGGUCACAUUGGAAAUGCAGAACUGGCUGGAUAUGCCGUCGCCUCAGCGACUAUCAGUGUGACCACAACUGCUACAGGCUAUGGCCUUACGACGGCUUGCGACACCCUCAUCUCUCAGACUUACGGCAGCGGGAACAUGAAACGUGUGGGAGCUAUCCUUCAGAAAAGUAUCCUAAUUCUGCUUUUGUUUUGUUUGCUUUGUUGGGCUCUCCUUGUCAACUCCCACAACCUACUGCUCCUUCUCCACCAAGAGCAAGAAGUGGCCAGAAUUGCUCAUCUGUAUAUCAUGAUUUUUCUUCCUGCUGUUCCAGCAAUGUUUUUGCAUCAACUGCAGGUUUCUUAUCUACAAAACCAGGGGAUCAUUCUACCUCAGAUGUACACAGCUGCAGUGGCUAACAUUUUCAACUUGGGGAUCAAUUUUCUCCUUAUUAAUGUGCUCAAGCUGGGUGUAAUAGGAUCAGCAGUUGCUAACAGCCUUUCUCAGAUGAUUAUUUGCCUUCUCUUGUUUGGCUACAUCUGGUGGAAGAAGCUCCAUCAACAGACAUGGGGAGGCUGGUCCACUGAAUGCCUGCAGGGCUGGGGCGCCUACAUGAAGCUGGCUAUUCCAAGUGCUUUUAUGAUCUGCUUUGAGUGGUGGGUCUGGGAGGUCGGAGGUUUUCUUGCAGGUUGGCUUGGAGAAGCUGAUCUGGCAGCCCAGCAUGUGAUGGUAGAAAUAGCAGCCCUUACAUACAUGUUUCCUUUAGGCGUCCAUGUUGCAGCCUGCGUACGUGUUGGAAAUGCUCUGGGGGCUGGCAACACAUCCAGAGCAAUAGUCACUUGCAAAGUAGCUCUAGUUCUGUCAGGAGGGCUUGCUGUAUUCCAGGGGUUCAUCCUUGCUGGCUGUAAGUCCUUCGUUGGCAAAAUAUUUACCUCAGAUGCCCAAAUUAUCCAGCUUGUGUCAAACAACUUGACAGUUUACGUAUUUCUUCAAUUCCUUGAUGCAGUUCUGUGUGUCUGCAACGGAAUUCUUGUUGGAUGUGGGAGACAGAAAAUCGCUGCCGUAUCAAACCUGGUGUCUUACUAUUUCAUCGGCCUACCAGUAGGAGUGGCACUAAUGUUUUGGGCACAGCUGAGAGUAUUAGGUUUAUGGCUGGGUCUCCUAAUUUGUGUCUUUAUUCAGACGGGUUUUUUCCUCAUUAUAAUCUUCAAAACUGACUGGAAAAAGGUCACAGACAAGGCUCAAAAACGAGCUGGGAAAACUGUGGUAGUCCCCCCCGUGCGUCCAGUCAGUACAGUUCUGAAUGAAGCAAUCUUACCAGAUGUCAUUGACUGCCCAGAUUCGGCCCAGGAAAAGAAUGAAACAGCCUUUGGAACAGAGGGCUACAGUCGUGUUAAUACCCAUGAUCAGGAGCUGAAGGGGGGGUAUGAGUCAGAAGAAAACCCCAGAGGUGCGGCUGUACCUGAGAGAGACGCUGAAAAGAGCAAGGAAUGUUCUGUCACUAAAUCCCCAGACAGGCUGUCCACCUCUCAGCUGAUCAUGCGUCGGGGACUCACAUUGCUAUCUACAGUUCUAAUUUUGAUCACAGGAGUUGCAUUUCAAAUUGCUUUUCCUGUACCAGAACCCCAUGCCUCUAAUAUGGCCAACUUCACCUUAAACUGGGCUAAUUACUCCACUCCUACACCACUGAAUGCACUAAACCCAACCACAAGCUUGUAAGCAACUUGAAAUGGAGACAUCUGCUGACUGCAUGUGGUUGUUGCACUGGCACUCUAUUCAGCAAAUGUCUUGUUGUAAAGAUCACUUCUAACCCUUUCAAUAUGAGGAGCCAGGCUGGGCUCACAAGUUUUGGUGCAAAUUUUACCAGCACACUAUGAAUAGAGUGCCAAAAAUACUGCAAUUUGAUAAAUAAAUCUUUAAGUAAUGAUUUAUACCUGUAAUAGUUUAAAUUACAACAAAAAUAAAUCAAAAACUCCAAACUAAUAGUUUUAUAGGGUAAAACUGCAAUAUUUCUAGCUUUUGUAUGUGUAUGAACUGAAGUACACCACAUAAACCCACUUAAUCCCACAUACCUUCUAAUCGGUUUACUUACACUUCACAUUAUCUCCAUCAACUGAUGGGAAGUGAUGACAAAUUACUCCAGAACAUAACUAUGGUGUUACUAAAUAAUGACUGAAAUAACUGCACAUUUGUAAUUUAAGCUGAUAUUGUAUUUACUGAAACAAAAAAUAAGUAUUAAUUCUACAAUUGAUUUAUUUUCCUAAAUUUUGGCACAUUUGGACCUUCAUGCCUGCUAGCAUUUACGUAUUUUUUAUUUAAUUUAUUUUCCCUUUGCCCUGUUGGUAUUUGUUUAAUCCUUAAAUUAGUUUUUCAUUUUUUAUCAAACAACAUCUUUAGUGUAAACAUUUAUAUUGUACACAUGGGAAAUCAAGUGCACAUGGAAAAUGUACACGGACAGGUGUAAAUACAUAGAUUACCCACUGACACCUGGAUUUAUUUACAAGUAUAUAUAAAAAUGUGUUUUUGCCUUUAAGAAGAUGAAAAAUUAUAUUGAGAUUGGUAUUUUUACUAUUACACAAAAAAUAUGCAGUAAAUUUACAACAACAGACAAAAUAUUCAAAAUUAACAUAAAAAUCACAUAGUAAUAAAACUGUUAUAAACAGGUCUUAUCAAU